GAGCAAUUCACAUAAAUAGUUGAUAUUUAGUGGAUUUAGUUCUCAACAAAAAUAGUUGCUAAUUAUUUUGGGUUAAUUUUUUAAACCCCAGAUGAAGAUUAGCAGUACUAAUUAUUUCAGUUGCUUAUUUUUUCUGUGUUUACUACUAUUUGUACUUGUAAAUUCAUUUGAGGAACAGAAAAUUUUGAAGAAAUCAGAAUUUCCAGAUGGGUUUUUAUUUGGAACUACUACUUCAGCUUAUCAAAUUGAAGGGGGAUUUCUUGAAGAUGGAAAAGGGUUGAGUAAUUGGGAUGUUUUUAGUCAUACUAACGGAAGGAUAAAUAAUGGAGAUUCUGGAGAUAUAGCGGAUGAUCAUUACCAUAGAUUUCAGGAAGAUGUUGAGUUAAUGCACUCUAUUGGCUUGAAUUCGUAUCGUUUCUCUAUCUCGUGGAGCAGAGUCCUUCCUAGAGGAAGGUUUGGUAAAGUAAAUCUUGCUGGCGUUACGUUCUACAACAAACUCAUUGAUUCUCUCUUACUCAAAGGAAUAACACCUUUUGUGACUCUUAAUCACCACGACCAUCCACAUGAACUCGAGGAAAAAUAUGGGGGAUGGCUUAAUCCUGUCAUGCAGGAAGAAUUUUCGUAUUUUGCUCAGAUUUGUUUUGCGAGUUUUGGUGAUAGAGUGAAGUAUUGGACCACAAUCAAUGAGCCAAACAUGUUUGCAGAAAUGGCCUAUGUGAGGGGAGUGUACCCUCCUGCUCGUUGCUCCCCGCCUUUUGGCAACUGUUCAGCUGGAAAUUCUGAUACCGAACCUCUUGUUGCAAUGCAUAACAUGUUAUUGGCACAUGCCAAGGCUGCAAAACUAUAUCGCGAGCAUUUUCAGCCUAAACAUAGGGGAUUGAUUGGAAUUGUUGUGCAUUCAUUUAUGUAUAAACCGUUAAGGAAUAAUGACAUUGAUCGUGAUGCUGCUAAUAGGGCUGUGCUAUUUACCGCUGCUUGGGUUUUCGAUCCUUUAGUACACGGAGAUUACCCUCCAGAAAUGCGUAAAUAUCUUCUAGAUGCACUACCGAGGUUCACCUCAGAUGAACGAAAGCUUAUUAAAGAUAGUAUUGAUUUCAUGGGAAUAAACCACUAUGGCACUCUGUAUGCAAAAGAUUGCAUUUAUUCUAGCUGUGUUUGCUCCAAUUCUAGUUGCAUUGCGGGUGGAGACCACCCUAUCCAUGGCUAUCUCAUUACUCUAGCAGAGAAAGAUGGCGUUUCUAUUGGAGAACCGACAGGAAUGCCUCGAUUUUUUGUCGUUCCUAAUGGAAUGGAGGAGAUUGUGGACUAUAUGAAGAAGAGAUAUCAUAACAAACCUAUGUUUGUCACUGAAAAUGGCUACGCUUCUCUGAAUCCUACUACUGCACAAGCGGAUGAGCUACAAAAUGAUACUAAGCGAGUUGAAUUCCAUAAAUCAUAUCUUGCAUCAUUGGCUCGAGCGAUCAGGAAGGGUGCUGAUGUACGUGGUUAUUUCAUUUGGAGCCUGAUGGAUAAUUUCGAGUGGACUAGUGGAUACGAGCUGAAAUUUGGGUUAUACUACGUUGAUCGCGCCACUUUAGAUCGAGUUCCCAAGCUUUCAGCAAAAUGGUAUACAAAUUUCUUGACUAACAACAGCCUCAAUGGUGAAGAAACAGGAAAGUUAAUUACAUUUAAGUAUAGUUCACAAGCAAAUCAUUUAUCAGACAAAUAGUCCUCCAACAAGUACUAUUAACUAUAUUGCUUGAACUUCUUAAAAAUAAAUGUUAUACUAGUGUCAUAUCCUUCAAAAAUAUAUUACUUUUAAGACCCGUUGAUAGGAUGCAUUAAUCAAAAUAGUCCAUG